ACAAAGUAGGAGCUUGUUACCGGCGUCUUAUGCGCGCUUAGUUGUCGACCUUGCGGGUUUUAGUGUUUAUGGUGCUUGUGCAUUGGCGAGAUUCUUAGCUGCGAAUCUGUUCUUCCUGCAGAGGAAUUGAGGGUCAGGGUGUGGUUCUAGGAGAUGAACGACAGGCAGACUAUCAACCUAGAACAAGGAUGGGAGUUUGUGCAGAAGGGUAUCACGAAGCUCCUCGAAGGGCUUCCUGAGCCCCAAUUCACCUCCGAGGACUACAUCAUGAUCUACGCAACCAUUUACAAUAUGUGUACUCAGAAGCCUCCUCAUGAUUACUCCCAGCAACUCUAUGACAAGUAUGGAGAGUCCUUUGAAGAGUACAUCAAUUCAGUGGUAUUGCCUUCAUUGAGGGAGAUGCAUGAUGAGUUUCUGCUGAGAGAACUUGUGACAAGGUGGGCAAACCAUAAGGUGAUGGUUAUGUGGCUAUCUCGUUUCUUCUAUUAUCUGGACCGGUACUUCGUUGCUCAAAGAUCAUUGCGGCCCCUUAAUGAAGUUGGCCUGACUUGCUUUCGUGAUCUGGUAUAUAGGGAGUUAUAUGCAAAAGUCAGGGAUGCUAUUAUCUCUUUGAUUGAUCAAGAACGUGAGGGAAAGCAAAUUGACCGAGCUUUACUAAAGAAGGUUUUGGAUAUAUUUGUUGAGAUUGGGAUGGGGCAAAUGGAUCGUUAUGAAGGUGACUUUGAAGCAUCACUGCUUGAAGAUACUGCUGCUUAUUAUUCUAGGAAGGCUUCGAUUUGGAUACUGGAAGACUCUUGUCAAGAUUACAUGCUGAAGGCUGAAGAGUGUCUAAAACGUGAGAGAGACAGGGUUUCUCACUACCUGCAUCCAAGUAGUGAGCCAAAGUUACUUGAGAAAGUUCAACAUGAAUUACUAUCUGUCUAUGCAAGCCAACUACUUGAAAAAGAGCCCUCCGGGUGUCACGCAUUGCUUAGAGAUGAUAAGGUGGAGGAUUUGUCAAGAAUGUUCAGGCUGUUUUCUAAAAUACCUAGGGGCUUGGAUCCUGUUGCAAAUAUAUUUAAACAGCAUGUUACUGCUGAAGGUACAGCUUUGGUCAAACAAGCUGAAGAUGCGGCAAGCAACAAGAAAAUUUUUCUCAGGAAAGUGGGUGAAUUACAUGAUAAGUACCUAGCAUAUGUCGAGGAUUGUUUCCAGAACCACGUUCUUUUUCAUGAGGCUCUAAAUGAGGCAUUCGAGUUCUUCUGCAAUAAGAGUGUCGAUGGAAGCUCAAGUGCAGAACUGCUGGCCACUUAUUGUGACAAUAAUGUUAAAGAAAGGUCACAGUGAGAAGUUGAGUGAUGAAGUUGUUGAGGAAAUGCUUGAGAGGUAAUCAACAUCACAUUCUUCUGCUCCUAAUUUCCUUUUUUGCAAUUCUAUACUUUUCAUAUCUUAUUUUGUAGAUUCCUCUGUUUGUAUUUCCAUUAGACCUUUCACCAACGUCUUGGUCUUUGCAAUCCCAUUUCGGGCCUUGAGACAACUCAAACUCAUCACGGACAACAUCUCCUCUUUGUAUUGUCAGCAACCCUUGUUUGCUUUAAAAUCCUUGCUGAAAUGAUUUAAAAAGUGCACCGAGGAAUUUUCAGUAAAUAUCAUUCGAUCGGCUUACAUUUGAUCAUGGCAUGUAAUGGGAAAUUGAUCUAAACAUUUUACUUUUUGUCAAGAUAUGAGAUUCUAUAUAUUUGGUUGUAGGAGGAUUUGAGCUUGUGCAAUGUUAAGUCAA